AUCGCCUCGUGUCUGGCUUCCUUGCAUCCUUUCGGGUUUCUUCGCACGGCCUCGAGGAUGAUGACGACGAUAAUCUUUGUCUGCCCGCCCGUCGUCUCGCCCACGGACAGCUGUGCCUGGGCCAGUGGAUGCUCAUUACAUCACAGGAACCCGACUUGUAGUGCGCCCACUUCAUCUCUGGCACUGGGGUCCAAUUUGGCCAUUUCUUGCUGCCGUGUUGGUCGGUCGGCCGUUCAGCUCCUGCGCGCUGAUUGGGGGAUGUUAAUCGGUCCAUCAUCGCAUGCUGUCCCCGUCCACAUGGGCCGCAGAAUCUACUCUGAGCUCGUUCUGUUUCACGCUUGCUAUUGGACAGCGAGGCAUCCUGAUUCCUGCGUUCGAAGCACUGGUGUCUUAUCUCGGUCAAUCGGUCUAUUGUAAAGCUGACCACCUAAUCCUUUGAGAGCCCGCAACUGGCUGAUGACUUUCCAUCAUGGUCACUGGCACUGUACGAUAGAGACGGGUCCGAGCACCGCUCGUCCAUUCUAUCCGCGAAUCUUCUUGGCGGGCCCACGAAAUUUCGCAUCCAAAUUAAAC